UAUAAAAUCUAACAACAUUGCAUCACCGCAGACGAUGUGAAAAUCAUCAUCGUCCUCUCAUUUUCCCGUUAAUUCCACGCUGCUGAAUAUCAACAUUAACAAUAAUGACAAUAUCUAAAUUACUGCGGAGUUUCACAAGAUUUGGGAGGAGCGUGAACUUCAGAUAUUGUAAGGAAGCAAGCAAGACAUUGGUGACAUCUGCAAGCACACGAGGCAGUCCUGCUGCUGCUGUUGUGGGUGAUGCCAUCAAGGAAUUUCAGGUUGGUGCCAAAGUUUCAGGAUUCUUAGUAAAAAAAGUGCAGGAUGUACCUGAGCUUCAUCUCACAGCCAUCCGUCUAGAACACCUGGGUACCGGAGCUGAUUACUUACACAUUGCCAGAGAUGAUUCUAACAAUGUAUUUUGUGUGGGAUUCCGCACCACCCCUACUGACUCAACAGGAGUGCCACAUAUUCUUGAGCACAUUGUUCUCUGUGGCAGCAACAAAUACCCAUGCAGGGAUCCUUUUUUCAAGAUGCUAAACCGCUCACUUUCUACUUUCAUGAAUGCCAUGACAGGGAGUGAUUUCACAAUAUAUCCAUUCUCCACACAGCAUCCUGUAGAUUUUAGAAACUUGAUGUCAGUGUACAUGGAUGCAGUAUUUAAACCUAAUCUAUCAGAACUUGACUUUCUUCAGGAAGGCUGGAGGCUUGAGAAUCAAGACAUCAAAGAUAAGUUAUCUCCUAUAGUGUUUAAAGGGGUUGUAUUUAAUGAGAUGAAAGGUGUGUUUGCAGACUCGCAGCGUCUUUUUAUGCAGAAAUUGCAGAAUGGCCUUCUACCCUCCCACACAUAUGGUGUUGUGUCUGGUGGUGAUCCACUGUGCAUCCCACAGUUGACCUGGGAGCAUCUAAAGCAAUUUCACACAUAUCAUUAUCACCCAAGUAAUGCUUAUUUCUACACUUAUGGUGAUCAGCCUCUUGUAAACCAUCUUGAAUUUAUAAAUGCUAAUUAUUUAAGCAAUUACACAAGAAUUAACCCUCACACAGAAGUUCCUGAGGAGCCAAAUUGGUCCGAACCUCGGUGUGCUCACAUAGAUUGUGGUGUAGACCCUAUGGCUAGUAGUGAAGCUCAAACAACUAUAGCGGUAUCCUUUAAAUUAAUCAAUAUAAUUGAUACAUUUGAAACUUUUGUGUUAAAUAUUCUUGGGGAGCUGUUAAUGACUGGGCCAAAUGCUCCGUUUUAUAAGUCACUCCUAGAAUCACAGUUAGGUUCAAGCUUCUCGCCUUCAUCUGGGUUUGACUCUCAUACUCGCAAUACAACUUUCACUGUGGGACUGCAGGGAAUUAAAGAUGCUGACAUUGAAAAAGUUAAAUUAGUUAUAGAUGAAACAUUUGUUAAAGUUAUGGAAGAAGGGUUUCCCUCAGAACGUGUUGAGGGAGUGUUGCAUAAUCUGGAACUUGGUAUUAAGCAUCAGACUUCAAAAUUUGGGCUUGGUUUAGUUAUGAGUCUCACACCAUUGUGGAAUUUAGAUGGUGACCCAGUUGAUGCUCUUCAGAUUAAUAGUAAGAUAGCUAGAUUCAGAAAGUGUAUUGAAGAAAACCCAAGGUUUCUACAGGAUAAAAUCAAAGUAUACUUUAUAAAGAAUACUCACAAGUACAUUCAAACCAUGUCCCCAAGAGAAGGAUAUGAAGCUAAGUUGCAAGAGGCAGAGGAAGUACUCUUAGCUAAACAAGUGUCUGAACUGACAGAUGAGGAUUGCAUUAAAAUUUGGGAAAGGGGACACACUUUGGCAAAGAAACAAGAGGAGGAGGAAGAUCUUUCUAGUCUUCCAACAUUGCAGGUAUCAGAUAUUAGCCGGAAUGUAUCACCAACCUUCGUGACUGACAUCAAACUUUCUACUGGUGUCCCAGUUCAAGUUUGUGAUCAGCCUACUAAUGGUAUUACUUACUUCUCAGCUGUACUAGACACCCAAGAUAUACCAGAUCAUCUUAGGUUGCUUGUUCCUUUAUUAUGUGGUGUGCUCACAAAUAUGGGUGCAGGCCAUCUUGAUUUUCGCCAGCUUGAUCAGAAAGUGGAGAUGGUAACAGGUGGCUUAAAUGCUUCUACUCAUUUAACUGCACAUCCUAUCAGUGCUUCACAUUAUGAAGAAGGAAUCAUACUCUCAUCACAUUGCUUAAAUCAAAAUUUGACAAGAAUGCUUGAUAUUUGGUCUUUAAUAUUCAAUGAUGUGAACUUAAAUGAUCUGCAAAGGUUUAGUACAUUAGUCAGUAUGAUAGCAACUGAUCAGGCCAACAGUUUGGUAUAUUCUGGUCAUCGGUAUGCCAUGACAGCAGCAAGUGCCACCACCAGCCACAUAGCAGCUCUCACUGAAUGUUGGAAUGGUCUCACAUUCAUGCAACAGAUGAAAGCUCUGAGUGAAAUGGAAGAUCUAACUCAGACACUGGAACACCUACGUGAGUUAUCCAGUUUGUUAUUGUCCAGAAAGAAGAUGAGAGUGGCCAUUAACACAACACCAAGCUAUCAUGAUAAAGCACUUCACAAGUUUGAUCAUUUUUUGAGUAAUUUGCCAGGUGAUCCAAGUAAUUCCUCAUCUAUUGCUGCAACUCCUGGGAACUUCACACCACACACAGCCAAAACUCAUCAUGUAUUUCCCUUCCCAGUUAAUUUUACAUCUAAAUCUUUCAGUGGUGUACCUUAUGCCCAUCCAGAUUCUGGAGCUCUUAGAGUGCUUGCUCGUUUAAUGUUUCGCUUUUUGCACAGAGAAAUUCGUGAAAAGGGUGGUGCCUAUGGUGGAGGUGCUGUAGCAUCUCCUGGAGGAGCAUUCUCCUUUUACAGUUAUCGUGACCCACAUUCCACAGAAACUUUAGCUGCGUUUGAUGCAGCCAUUGAAUAUGUAUUAUCAGGUGGCUUUACUGAACGUGAUGUUGCUGAGGCAAAGUUGGGAGUUUUCCAGACAGUUGAUGCUCCAGUGUCUCCAGGUUCACAGGGAAAUCGUCGUUUCUUUUCACACAUUACCGAUGAAUUAUUUUCUGAUCAUCGAAGGCUCAUUUUAGACACUGUCUCACAGGACCUGGUGAGAGUAGCACGUGUGUACCUAAAGGAUGCAUCUGUGGAGGGAACUUGCCUGAUUGGCCCUCAAAAUGACAAGAUUUCAAAUGAUCAUUUUUGGAAUACUGUCUGUAAUUAAACUUGUUAAUAAUUGUAUAGUCUUAAGUAAACAGUAUUAGCUGUUAUAUGUUUAUGGAUGUACAGUCUUAUUGUCUAAGUAUAUUUUAUAUGACCAGUUUUACAAAAGAAUUCCCAGUGAAUUAUUGAAAAAGUAUUUGAACAAAAUGCUUCAUCAUAUGUUCAGUACAGUACUGAAUUUUAACCAGAAAGUCAAAAAAAUUAUGUCUGUGAUAGUAAAUUGGUGAAUAUAAGUAUACCUUUAUUUAUGGAAGUCUUUGGAAUUUCACUCAAUAAUUGGUCUGUUAACAAUGAAAAAGAUCAUAGGUCUAUUUCUGCAAUAUGGCAGUUUUAGUGGUCAUUGUACUGGAGUAUACAGUGGACCCCCGCAUAACGAUCACCUCCGAAUGCGACCAAUUAUGUAAGUGUAUUUAUGUAAGUGCGUUUGUACGUGUAUGUUUGGGGGUCUGAAAUGGACUAAUCUACUUCACAAUAUUCCUUAUGGGAACAAAUUCGGUCAGUACUGGCACCUGAACAUACUUCUGGAGUGAAAAAAUAUCGUUAACCGGGGGUCCACUGUAUUUCAUUGACCUAUAAUGAUAAAGAUAAAUGCUUACUAGGAAAACAUUUAACAUGUACUAUGUAAUAUUAAUUGAUAAUAUUAAUUAAUAUUAAUGUAAUAUUAAUUAAUAAAUAAAAUUAGGUGGAUUGAUAGUAGGUGUGAUAUGCUUUCAUUAGGAUUGAUAAUAUCAAAGUUUGUAAUGGUCUUUUGUAGUAUACUUUUUACAGGGCAGAUACAAACAUUAAGCAACCACAGUCUAGAAUAUUGUGAUUGGAAAUGUUCAUAUAUUUAUGGCAAUUAGUAUUAUCCUCAUUUAAAACAAAAGAUUCAACAGCUUUACAAAACAAGUCAUAAUCAGUGAUAUAUUAUAUUCAAAAUUAUGUACUUUUUCUUCUGUAAGGCAUUGUGUGACCAAAAUGUAAAUAUUCAGUGAAA